AUGGCGGUCAAAUUCACCGAGUACUUGACAACUCCGUCCGCGGCGGUCCGGGAAGGAGAAGUCAUCCGGGAUGCUCGCCUCUCUCCCCGCAGCGUGCCCGCCGUCCCCUUCGCGACUUGGUGUGCAUGUAAAAAGUGUGCCGUGUUGACAAGAGCGGUGCUUUUCAAGAGAGCGGAAGAUGCUCACGUGGAUUCUGGAGCUGAAAGUGCCAGAUCGGACUCCAGUAGGAUGUCAACAUCUGCCGCUGAGCUCAUGAGCCGGCGCACCCGCGAGCAGCACCGGCAUCGUCUCUUAGUUCUCAACUUGCACCUGCUGGCAAACCCCGGAGACUCUCUGCUGCUGCAGCACAGCCUGGACCGUCUGCUGCGCUGGCUCUGUCCGAGCCUCCACGUCUUCCACGUGUCGGAGAGGGCUUCUCCUCAUAGAGACUUCGCUCGUCUCUGUCCGGUGGCCGGCUCCCCUUCUCUGGCCAUCACUUUCUUUCUCCAUGAGGCUUAUGGAGAAGAGCGGAUCCUCAAAGUUCUGGACUUCUUCCAGCGGCCGCCCUGGCAGUACCACCACACAGAAAACUGCGGCGGUAAAUCAGCCGGGGUCCACAUUUCCUCCAGCGGCUCCACCGUGAACGCCUUGCUGCGGCCCUACCUCCUGCCCAGUCGAGACUUCUACAGCCUGGGCGCGGGGAUGCCCGUGUGGGGCGUCCGACCGGUGCACUGCGGGGGGGAGAUCCUGCGCGUGACGCUGUACAGCGGCUACGACAACUACGAGGACGCCGUGCGCUUCUAUGAGACGGUGCUGCAGCAGCAGGCGGAGGAGCAGAAGACGGGCUUCUGCUGGUUCACCCUCCACACGGAGCCGGGCCUUUGCCUGCAGCUCGCGUUAAAGCAAGUGUCAGCAGGGGUCCGCGUAGAGGCGUGUAACUCUGCUGUGCUGCAGUUCAGCGUGGAGGAAAUCGGCCAGUUGGUCCCUCUGCUGCCCAACCCUUGUACGCCCAUCAGCACCUCUCGCUGGCAGACCGAAGACCUGGAUGGAAACAAAGUUCUAUUUCAGGUGAAAACCCCGACGCAAGCCAAGCCACCUUUGACCUGCGCUUUCCCCCUGACCUGCCCCACUCUGGCGACGCAGCUAAAGGGUGGAGGACACACCCAAAACCUGUCGCCCAGCAACCUCCAAGCUCCGCCAGCCUGGCAAAGCCACAGACAUGGCGUGAGAGCCGCCAGUGACAUCUCUGUGCAGAAGCCUCCGGGAAGCCAAGGGUCAAGUAGCUGCUGCAGCACUCCUCCGGGCAGCUCUUGCUACUCGUCCCAAGGCAGCAGCCCCGCCCCCCAGCCAGCCUCCGACUCACCCCUGCGCACCCCGAUCACCCGUUCGCUCUCUCAUCUACUGCUGGAGGAGGACGAGGACGACGACGGGGAGACCAACGUGGACACGGGCGCCGUGAUGACCGCCAUCACUCGCUCUUCCUCCGUGGAGCUUUUGAGCUCGCGUCGGCCGCGGGUGUCCGUGGCCGACGCGCGCAGCCCCUCCAGGAAAUGUCUUUCCUCGGCCUGCUCCGACGACACCAGGACGCACCUGACUGUGCCCGAUUCCCGCCACGGCGAGGCCGGCGGCACCGCCGCGGAGCGUUUUUCCAAGCCGCUGUCGUCACGCGUAAAUGCCGGGGAGCCGGCCGAUGAGUUCUUCAUCUGAGGACGCCGGAGAACAACUUAACAAAAACAUGACGUGAACCACACAAAAGUCCCGCUGUGCGUAAUGUGCCACUUUCAAGUAUUUCAUGACGUCGGUUUGACUGAGACCAGAAAAUGCCACAGAAACAACAAGAGUGUAAAUAAUAGUCCAAGAUUCCAGAGUGCAGUACACAUUGUGUACAGUUUUAUUACAAUAAUAUUGUGUGAAUGGGUGUUUGUCUGUACUGUAUGCGGCAACCAGUCCAGGGUGUACAUUUUUUCUUCCUCAAAGUCAGCUGGGAUAGGCUCCAGCUCACCUGCAGGCCGCGACCCUCGUGAGGAUAAGCGGACAGAUUUACAUGUUCAAGUGUUUUGUGUACCUAGGUAGAUCAAACUAAUGAUGCGUUUGAAUGUGUUAUUCUGUGACUAGGAAAUAUUUUAACUCUUUAUCCCAAAAAAAAAAAAAAAGUCUUAAGAUGGAAGCUGUGUCUGAAAGUAAGAUGAAUAGCAUCAAUAUUUGGCCCCCCAAAAAAAUCCUUUCCUCCAGUAUUUGUUCUUACACCUAAUAAAUGGUAUUAUUUGUAUGUUUACAAGAUGUGAACUGUAAAUUGUGUGGAGGACACACGUCUUCAUAUCAUACACCCUUUCUGGGUGUAUGAUAUACUGUAUUGUUCCAAAAAACACUUUUUAUUUAUUUGUUAUGACAAAGU